AUGCAGUUAUCACAAACCAAGCAUCCGAAGAAGUCUCCCACUGAAGGAGACACGAGCAAGAUAUUGAUCAUUGGAGCAGGACUCUCCGGGCUCGCACUAGCUCAGAUUUUCCGCCGUCACGGUAUCGCAUUCGAGAUAUUCGAACGACAUGAGGUUGUUCGACCUGAGAAGCAGGGUUGGGCAUUGGGGCUCAUUGAGUGCAUUCCCCUGUUAUCACAGCAUCUUUCAGACGACCUUGGGGAUAUCGAGCAGACGAGCGUCAACUGGGGCGUUCGGGAGCCUGAUUCAGUUGGGAUAUUCGAUGGAGAGACAGGAGCACCAAUGGCCAAGCUUGGGGGAGUCACCUUUGGUUCGCCGGGAUACUUCCUGCGUGCCAAUAGAGAACACCUCCGGAAGUUUCUGGCGCAGAACAUCGCCGUUACCUUAGGAAAACAAUUCUCGAGCUACACUGAAGAUUCUACUGGUGUGACAGCAAUGUUUACCGAUGGCACUUCUGUGCGAGGUCGUGUUCUCAUUGGUGCCGAUGGGGCGUACUCAGCUGUCCGCAAACAACUGUUAGGUCCAGAUCAUAUACCUCAACUAAGCCCAAUCAUUCCCAUGAAUGGGAUGUGUGAGCUUUCUUCGACACAAUAUGCGGAGUUGCGUCAGCACGCGACUUCGGUGUGGUUCGCUGCAAGACCAGGAGUCUUCUUCAACAUCGGACUCUGCUCUAUGAAGCCCGAUGGCUCGUCUGGCCAAUUCUACUGGGGAGUUGCUUUCCCAUCGGACCAUCCAGCUAGAGAUUCAGAUUGGUGUCAUACCGCGGACUCCACUACAAUCUACGAAAAAUGCCUAGAGUUAACUCGAGGUAUGCCUGAUUGGCUCGUCAACAUUGUAUCUAUCACUGGUCCAGAGGGUAUCAAUAAACCCAGCAUCAAGUUCGUCGAGUACCUUCCACCCCAAACCUUCCCCAUCGGAAAUCGUGUGACACUCUUGGGUGACGCCGCCCACACCAUGAUUCCUUUCAAGGGCGCAGGAGCAAAUACCGCUAUUACUGACUCAUGCGACUUGGGAACCCUGAUAGUCGAUGCUUUUAAGCAGGAGAAGGAUCCUUGGGCAGCGUUGCAACAGGUACUGGACCAAUACAACACCACGAUGCUACCUCGUGGAAGGGAGGCUGUACUUGCAAGUCGAGCUGCUGGACAGAGCAGUAAAGGCAUCACCGGAAUCCUGGAUGGGAGAGUACAUCAAAAUCUAUCGAGUGACGCGCCUAUGCGAGUUGCCGUAUAG